GAACACUCAGACGCCGCGCACGGCGGGGAUUGGUCCGUGAGCUUCGGCUUCGGCUCCUCGCAGUUCGCCUCCGCAGCUCCCAGGACACCUGCUCGCUCGGCCAGUCCGGCGGCGCGGGCUUUCCCUGCCGCUCUCGCUCUCGUCUCCCGGCCCGCAGGGUGAGAAGAAGGGGUGGACCGUCCCGUCUCCGGACCCCGACCGGACGCCGCUUCGCGUCGCUGAGCCGUUGCAGGGCGAGAUGAGCACGGACGCGGCGGCCGGGGCGCCUCUACCCCGGCUCUGCUGCCUGGAGAAGGGUCCGAACGGCUACGGCUUCCACCUGCACGGGGAAAAGGGCAAGGUAGGCCAGUUCAUCCGGCUGGUGGAGCCCGGCUCGCCGGCCGAGAAGUCGGGACUGCUGGCCGGAGACCGGCUAGUGGAGGUGAAUGGCGAGAACGUGGAGAAAGAGACCCACCAGCAGGUGGUGAGCCGCAUCCGUGCCGCACUCAACUCCGUGCGCCUGCUGGUGGUCGACCCCGAGACCGACGAGCGGCUGCAGAAGUUGGGCGUCCAGGUCCGGGAGGAGAUGCUGCGCCCCCAGGAAGGAUCCGGGCAGGCCGAGCCGCCGGCCGCCGCCGAGGAGCAGGGGGCUGGCGGCGAAAAUGAGCCGCCCGCCGCCGCGCCGGAGCCGCACGAGGCCGAGAAGAGCCAUCAGGAGCGGCACGAGCUUCGGCCUCGGCUCUGCGCCAUGAAGAAGGGCCCCAACGGCUACGGCUUCAACCUGCACAGCGACAAGUCCAAGCCAGGCCAGUUCAUCCGGGCAGUGGACCCAGACUCGCCCGCUGAGGCCUCGGGGCUCCGGGCCCAGGACCGCAUCGUGGAGGUGAACGGGGUCUGCGUGGAGGGCAAGCAGCACGGGGACGUGGUAUCUGCCAUCAAGGCUGGCGGGGACGAGGCCAAGCUGCUGGUGGUGGACAAGGAGACCGAUGAGUUCUUCAAGAAAUGCAGAGUGAUCCCAUCUCAGGACCACCUGCAUGGUCCCUUGCCUGAGCCCUUCACCAAUGGAGAGAUCCGGAAGGAGAACAGUCGCGAAGCCCUGGCCGAGACGGCCUCCGAGAGCCCCAGGCCAACCCUGGCAAGAUCCACCUCCAGUGACACCAGUGAGGAGCUGAAUUCCCAAGACAGCCUCAAGAAACAGGACUGCACGGCACCCUCAUCUACCUCCUCCUCCUCCUCCUCCGACCCCAUCCUGGACUUCAACAUCUCCCUGGCCGUGGCCAAAGAGAGGGCCCACCAGAAGCGCAGCAGCAGACGGGCCCCGCAGAUGGACUGGAGCAAGAAAAACGAACUCUUCAGCAACCUCUGAGUGCCCUUCCCACCAGCCACCGGGAAGGCUGGCAGGGUCGGGCCAGCCCCACACCCCGACCCGACUCCUUUCCCCUCUUCCCCAGUUACCCCCAAAUCGACAUACAAAUCAGCACCAGCAUCUCCUCUCUUGGCAAAUCUUUUUCUAGAGGACUGUGUUCUUCCCUUACUUCAGGGAAGGUGACUGUUUUUCUGUCCUGGCCCCAAUCAGAAAGCAGACUGUCCCCCCCCCCGGGUGCUUCAGCCUACCAGGUGUCCCGAUGCCACCCUCCUGGGACAUCACUGGGACCUCCACCGAGCAAGGAUCGUGGGACUGGGCGAGAGGUCACCUUCCCACAGGAUCCCAGGUGAUGACUGGGUCCAGGACUGAUCAAGGACUCAGAUCACAGCAACAUCUCGGAGUGGACAGGGGGCCAUCAUCCUAAGCUGUGGCUUGGGCAUCUUAUUUUCGUUUGUCUGUUUUUUGUUUUUUUUUUUUUUAAAGAGUGCAGUACCACAGACUUCGGCGGGACUUUCGUUUCCUUGAUUAACAUGAUCUUCCAGGUUGUUGCAUCCAGGACGUAGCAGCGGCCUUAGCCUAGAACUUUUUUGUUUCUGUCCCCAUCCCCCAGAGACCUGGGCAACACGGGGAGGGUUUGGCCACCCGCUGCCCAGCCCUGAGCCAGGCACAGUUGUAAGGAAACGCCAUCGAAAUUCAACUGGUUUCUCCAAACC